GGCAGUCUGGAAAAGCAGCUUCUUUUCUUCUUCUUCUUCCUCCUCCUCCUCCAACCCAACAAGCCCAAAAGCCUGGAGCCACUACCACCACCACCGGCUUCUCCCCCUCUGCGCGUAAUCGUACCACCAGCUUUGACCUCCACCCACCAUUGCCCCUAUAAAUCUCGGGCUCUCCUCCCGAUUCGCCACCUAAAGGAGCCGCCUUUGCUUCGGCCGGCCAAGAAAGAGGAAGAGGGUGUUUCUUUCUUGGGACGGCGAUGGAGGGCGGCAGAGGUGGAGCCGGCGGUGCGGGGGACUACAUUUCCAGCCUCCUCAACUCGUCCCCGCGCCUCGACUUCGGGUUGCUGGCGGCGGCCGGCGGCAUGCCGGUGCUGGACGGCGCGGGCGGCGGCGGGGACUGCCUGGAGAAGCUGUGCGGCGACCCGGGGUUCGCGGAGCGGGCGGCGCGGCUGUCCAGCUUCAACGGCCAGCGCUACGGCGCCGCCGCCGCCGCCGCCGCGGGGCUCUUCGGGAUGCCUCCUCCCGCGCCCGCCGCCACCAACGGCGACUUCGGCGGCGGGGCCUCGCGGGAGGCGUCCUCCGUGUCCGACCCCGCCUCGGCGAUGAAGGACGCCGCCAAUGCCAAGAAGAGGAAGGCGCCCGGCGGCGCCAAAGGCAAGGGCAAGGAGCCUCCCCUGAGCACCUCCUGCCAGCAGGUAGGAGAGGAGAAGGCAUCCGAUGGCAAGAGGUGCAAGACCGGGGACGCCGGCGAGAAGAAGGAUGCCCCGGUGAAGCCCAAGGCGGAGCAGGCCGGGAGCGACAGCUCCGUCGAGGACGGCGGCGGGCAGAAGCAAGGGAAGGGGAAGAAUGCCAAGCCGGUGGAGCCUCCCAAGGACUAUGUCCAUGUCCGGGCGAGGCGCGGGCAGGCGACCGACAGCCACAGCCUCGCGGAGAGGGUGAGAAGAGAGAGGAUCAGCCAGAGGAUGAAGGUUCUCCAGGACCUGGUGCCGGGUUGCAACAAGGUAAUUGGCAAGGCACUCAUGCUUGAUGAGAUCAUAAAUUAUGUACAGUCGCUUCAACGGCAAGUUGAGUUCCUGUCCAUGAAGCUAGCAACUGUGAAUCCACUUGAUUUCAGUAACCUGCCUACUCUCCUACAGAAAGAUAUGUUCCAAGCAUGUGGCCCUUCAGCGAGCUCGGUUUUUUCCCUAGAAAGUUCCAAUUCAGCAUUUCCAUUUUCCGAGCAAGGAGAUGUUUUCCAACAGUUUGCUCCAAACAGCAUGGAGAGCCAGUGCACCCUGAAUCAGUUAGACUUGGCUCUAUCUCAGGCUACAAAUGCACAGUAUGCUUUCCAGGAUGGAACAGCCAGCGCAAACUUGCAGCAAAGGAACUUCUGGGAGGAUGAUCUCCAAAGUGUUUUCCACAUUGAGAAUGGGCAGAGCCAGGAGAAUGGGGUUUCCGCACCAAGCUUCCAUGGUCAGCUGCAAGCAGGUCACAUGAAAAUGGAGUUCUAACCUGCUUAGGUCACACUGAUCAAGCAAAGAAAACAUUGAUAAUCUGUACAUAGGAAGCCUCCAAGUGCAAACUCCAUUGGCAAGCUAGUGAAGCUCUCAACUCCGAAGCUAACAACCAUUAGGCUCUUAAGAGACGAGAUUCUAUUAUUAAUCAUGUUUUGCCUGUAGGGCGAUGUGAUUCUUUUGGUAUCUAUGAGAUUGAUUAUAUCUUGAUAUAACGUAACAAUUAAAUAGUUAAUUUCUGUAUAAAGAUAUGGUGCAGAUAUUACACAAGGCACCCUCUUUCUUCCUGGUUAUGUAUGAGCUGGCCAAGUAGCAGCUAGCUGGAUGGAACCAUGUACUACUGCUGUUGCAUUUUGUCUAUGAUGAUAGUUAUCCUCACCUUAUCACA